AUGGAUACUUUGCCCACUGUGCUCUUUCUGGUUUUGGCCGGAGGUGCUGCUUGGUACGCGUGGCAGCGGUCCCAACGGCGCAAAAACCAUGUUCUGGAGAACCUACCGGGGCCUCCCUCGCGCUCCUUCCUCAAAGGCUCCCUCGGGGAGAUGUUCCAUCGUCACGCAUGGCCGUUCCAAACAGAUGUAGCCCUAAACUACGGGCCUGUCGUCAAGCUGAGAGGCUUCCUCAAUCGUCCAAUUGUCUUCGUCUCCGAUCCUACGGCACUGCAUACAAUGAUCAUCAAAGAGGAGCACAUCUUCGAGGAAUCUCAGUCGUUUAUCUUGGGAAAUAAGCUCAUAUUUGGGCCAGGUCUGUUGGCGACAUUGGGCGACCAGCACCGCAAACAACGGAAAAUCUUGAACCCUGUUUUCUCCGUCGCUCACAUGCGGAACAUGCUUCCGUUAUUCUACGAUGUCAUAUACAGGCUGCGAGAUGCGAUCUCGCUCCAAGUCAAAAGCGGACAAUCGGAAAUCGACAUACUAGCAUGGACCGGCCGUGUUGCUCUCGAGCUGAUCGGCCAGAGCGGGCUAGGCUAUUCCUUCGACGAUUUCGUCUCGGAUAUGAAGGACGACUACGGCGCAGCUUUGAAGGCCCUGUUCCCAAGGCUAAUGGAUGUUGACAUAUUGCAGCGACUUCUACCGUAUAUGCCUCUCACAGUACCAGCAGGGGUCAGACGGCUGGCCAUCAGUUUGAUGCCGAAUGCAGCGGUUCAGAAACUCAGGUCCAUCGUCGACGUUAUGAGCGCAAGGUCGGUGCGAAUCUUCAUGUCCAAGAGGAAGGCGCUCGCCGAUGGUGACGAAGCGGUUCUGGAACAAAUUGGCAAGGGAAAAGAUAUUAUGAGUGUCCUGAUGAAGGCGAACGAGUUGGCAUCAGAAAACGAUCGCCUUUCGGAAGAGGAGUUGAUCGGCCAGAUGUCCACACUGGUUUUCGCAGCGGUGGAUACUACAUCCAACACUGUCGCCCGCAUUCUGCAUAUCCUUUCCGAGCGUCCACAUGUUCAGGAUAAGCUGCGCCAGGAGAUACUCGCGGCCGGCGCCCACAACAAAUCUUCGUAUGAUGAGUUGAACAAACUUCCAUUCUUGAACGCCGUGUGUCGCGAAACUCUUCGCCUCUAUCCAAUUGGAACCACCGUAAUGCGGGUGCCCAACAAGGACACUGUUCUCCCCUUGAGUGAGCCCGUCGUUGGGGUCGACGGUACAAUCAUCAAGGAGAUACCUAUCCCCAAGGGAACUGAGGUGCUGGUUGGUGCUUGGGCAUGCAAUGUCAAGAAAUCGCUUUGGGGAGAAGAUUCGACCGAAUGGAAGCCCGAGCGAUGGGUAAAUGGCUUGCCAACGGCUGUGCUCGAAGCUCCGAUCCCAGGAGUAUAUUCGCAUCUCAUGACGUUCCUCGGAGGCAAACGAGCUUGCAUCGGCUUCAAAUUCUCGGAGAUGGAAAUGAAGGUUCUUCUCUCGGUUUUGCUGUCUGCGUUCACAUUCGAGCCAACGGGAAGGCCGAUCAUCUGGAACUUGGCUGGGGUUAUUUACCCGACUACGAGCAGGGAGAGUGAGACUCCGGAGAUGUUCUUGAAGGUCGGAUUAUACUCGGAGGGCGCAAAGACUGAAUGA